UUUCUCGCAGUGGCCCUUACAUAGCAUCCAAUCCUAGCCCUCCUCAUCUUCGUCCUCGUGGCACCCCGGCGCCCUUGUGCCUUCCCUUUCUUAUUUUCUUCAGAUCCCUUUCUGACGACGAGGGCGCUCGCACCACUCUUGCCUGCUACCCUGGCAGUCCAGAAAGUAGCGGGCCCAUCUCUUCUUCGUCCUUCUCUUCUUGCCCGCCUCCGCUGCUUUUGGCCCCCCACCCCCCCAAACUAUCUUUCAUCAUACCUACAUACACAAUUAAGAGGCUAUACGACCAUCUGCUCGCCUCACCUACGCCAUCAACAAACACUCUCCACGACCCUCCACGACCUACCAACCGACCUUUUUCUAACCGCGCAUCCGAGCCUCCACUCUCCUGCCCCAGCUCCCAGAGACCUAUCUCAACCAUAUGGGCCAGCCUCUCCCGCACACACCUGGUCCAGUGCUGCCACCUGCUGAGGAGAACAGUGCCAACCAGUGAUUCCAGGGCCGGCUUGGCCUCGACCACUAUUGUGAAUCCAAUAGCUCCUACAGCUAGUGCGACGGGCACACCCAGAGCAGAUCGACUAAAAAAGAGUUAUUCAUCCUCGGACCGGCGUCAGAUCCGUUGGAAUAACCGCGAUCGCCGUGCAAUACGCAGUCAGCAAACCCCUCCGGCGGCAAUCAUGGGGUGCCUCUCGUGGGGGAGGAAGAAGAGCAGCCUGCCGGAGCCGCAGAGAAUUAUUGAGACACCACGGCUGGUGGAGGUGGUGCCCGAGAGGAGACAGACGAUCAGGGCGACGACCGAGUUCAAAUGGCCCGCCCGCAUCAGCGACGUGGCGCCCACGUCGAGCGUGACCCAGCUGCACCAGCAGAUCCAACCCGUGCCGGAGAAGGAGGUGCUCGUGAGCACGCCCACGAGCUUCCUCAGCCCGCGCACGCCGUCACCACUCCACAUGAUGCAUCACAACCACCACCAACCAGACUAUCACAUUUCGCCACAGGUGUAUAGCUGUCAGCAGUGUCGACAGGAUGGGCAGAUUGAGCAGUUCGAACAGCAACUACAGCAACAAAAACAACAAAAAGCACGACAGCGACAAUAUCAACAGCCAGUACCACAGAAAAAGCAGAAAUAUCCGACGGGAUCUCAGCAGGAGCCGGCCGAACUGCCACCGAACGAUCUCUCAGAGCUCUACCCCCUGCCGCAGGAAUUGCCUGCAGGAACACCGCCCCUCAUCUUCCCUCAAGAGUUGGAAGGGACCUUGGGCACACCGAUAUCCAAGACGGCACCGAGGACGAUACCGAGGAGCCGCUUUUCAUAUCAGACAUGACCCCUUCAUAUUCGGGCACCGUUGUGUCUGGCGUACACUGAAUGCUGAUGAUGACUUUCAUGCAUGUAUCGUAUAUAUAGCCUGGAGGGAGGGUUGUUAUUUUUUUUUUUUAAUUUUUUUUCUUAUCAUGUGUAUAGCAGCAUAGCAUGGUGGCGUGGGAGUUUCUACGUAUAGCUUGUUUGAUACCUCUAUUCCGAUCUUCUGGAAUACAUAACUUCACUAUGUCUUGAAUUCUUGCUGCAAUGGUUCACUCAGGAGGUGAGAUGAGGGGAGAGGAACAUCCGCGUGAUAUGCUGGCCGAGGCAUCCGCUGUAUUUGCACCCCUGCUCCUGCAGCAGCAGCUUUGACCCAUGCUUGUUCUGAUAUAGGCAUAGAUCAUUUCUCCUUCACACAAAGAAUAUUAGU